AGCCCAUUGUUCCCUCGCCGUGGAAACACAAGAAGAUUUUCCAGCAGCUAAGUACCACGCCCCAGUUGCUGUCUACUGGGGGAGCGUUCCCCAAUUCACACCCAGGUACACAGCUCGGCAAGGCAGAAGCAUUGGUUCGAACUUGCAGGUCUGUGGCAGCAGCCGGACCACUAAAGAAGAAGAUGAGGAUGCCUUGAUCCAGGGCCCCCAAGGGAGGGAGGUGAGCAGUGCUCACCUGGCAACCAUUCAGAUUAAGGGCAAUCUGAAGAUGAGGAGGAUGACUGAGAAUCUGUUAACCUCACAGAGAGGCCUGACUGACUGCAGUGACACUAAGAUUGUUACCCUGAAGCCAGGAGUUUCCAAAUCAGCUUCCCAGAGGCUCCUGACAACCUCCAAGCCCAUGCCUCUCAUCCAGAACAGCCAUCCUUUCUCAGACCCCAGGAGGAUGAGCAGCAGAGAGCAGGAAUAUGGGGAAAAUGACACAGGCUGUGAUGACGGUGAUGGGAAUAACAAAGAGCUGAUGUCAGAAGCUUCCCUGCUGCCCUCGUAUUGCAGUGAUGAGGAUGGGAAGAAGUCACUGGGAGUAGCUUUGCUUCCCCCUAUCCUCAAGUCAGCAAGACCAUCUGAUGGGGCUCCUGGCAGUGCUGCAGUGCCUCAGGACCUGGUUUUCCAAAAGGCCCUGAAGAUGAGGCCAAGAUCAGGCAGCAGAAGCAAAGUGGAGACCCUUAAAUCUCUAGAGCUCCGGACUCUGGAACCUCUCUUGCCUGUUCACCAGCAUCGUGGUGGUUGUGGUGUGAGCUCUGCUGGACGCUCAUGUGAACCUGUGCCCCCGUUAACAGGCCUCCCACUCAGCCAGGUUGAGGAGAUGGAUCCUCCUGUGAACCUUCACUUUCCGAGUGAUGACUCAAACACCAGCAAUGGCAAGAUCCGUGUUGCCUUGUCCAAGUCGGCUCAGGAGAAAAUACGCCAGAAGCGAAUGAGACAGCUGGAGCUUUUGCAUAGAGAGGAGAAAGAGAGAGAAAAGGAAGAGCCCUUGCAAGUUCCUGCACAGAGUGCUGACUCUGGGGAUGCAGGCAAAGAAAGCUUUUGCCUACCACCUAUCAAUGAGAAGGUUUCCAUUCCCUCUAGCAGGAGGAAUGAAUGUAGAGUGAACGCUGGCACUGCCUUGAGGAAGCAGGUCAACGGGCCCUUUCUGCCCAGCAUCCCCAUCAUCAGCCAGGGUGGCGGCUUCCUGCAAAACUCCUCAGUGAACUCGGUGCCAGCCAUUACUCUGGACUUCCUGGACUGGGGAGAGAAGCUAGAGAAUGGGGAUGUCCAGAUAGCCAGACCCUUCCUUCACCCACAAGAGGGACUGCUGAAUGCACUUCAAUACCUCAGCAGCGGCGACUGGGAGCAGAAGGCGAAGGGACUCAUCAGCAUCAGAUAUCUGGCUAACUGCCACCCAGAAGUCCUUCUUUCUAGACUUCAUGAUGUUUCCCUGGCAGUUACCAAAGAGAUGAACAACCUCCGCUCAAAGGUGUCUCGCUUUGCGAUCGGCACGGUUGGAGUGCUCUUCAGGACCAUGAAGAAGCACAUGGAUCAUGAGGUGAAUGACAUUGUUCCAGUCUUGCUCCAGAAGAUAGCGGACACCAGCGAGUUCAUUUGGAGAGAAGCCAAUCGAUCCCUGGAGAUCAUGGUGGGGAGUGUAACUCCUGGACGAGCAAUGGCUGUUCUCAUGGCUACUGGAAUCCAGCACCGCAAUGUCCUGGUGCGGAGGUGUGUGGCCGAACACCUACUGACCGCGAUGGAGCAAACCGGAGCCAAGAAGCUCCUUUCGGGCACGCGUUACAGUACCGAGCGGCUGGUGCACUCAGUGGUGAAGAUUGCUCAGGACUGUCAUCAGGACACAAGGUGUUAUGGACGGAAGAUGCUGAGUAUGUUGAUGAGUCACCCAAAAUUUGAUGCACGUUUGAAACAAUCUGUUGCCUCACGUGACUUGGUAGAUGUUAUGGCAACAAUUAAGGAAAAA